UAGAAGACCUAUCUGGGGACUGCUUUCCAUCACCACAAAGUCCUCCUGCGCGCUCGUUGAACAUGAACACUCGAAAAGAAGAAUUACAGGAGCGGGCCAUCGUCAGAAUAGCAGCUCAUUUACCAGACCUCAUUGUCUAUGGCGACUUCUCCCCCCAGCGACCGUCGGUGGAUUAUUUUGAUGGAGUCCUAAUGUUUGUUGAUAUUUCAGGUUUUACGGCAAUGACGGAGAAGUUCAGCACAGCCAUGUACAUGGACCGAGGGGCCGAGCAGCUGGUGGAGAUCCUCAACUACUACAUCAGUGCGAUCGUGGAGAAAGUGUUGAUUUUUGGAGGCGACAUCCUGAAAUUUGCAGGCGAUGCGCUGCUAGCCCUGUGGAAGGUGGAGCGAAAGCAACUGAAGAAUAUCAUCACGGUGGUCAUCAAAUGUAGCCUGGAGAUCCACGGAUUGUUUGGGACCCAGGAGUCUGAAGAAGGCCUAGAUAUCCGAGUCAAGAUAGGACUGGCUGCCGGCCACAUCUCCAUGCUGGUCUUUGGAGACGAAACACGUAACCACUUUCUGGUGAUCGGCCAGGCGGUGGAUGAUGUGCGCCUGGCACAGAACAUGGCCCGGAUGAACGAUGUCAUUCUGUCACCGAACUGCUGGCAGCUGUGCGACCGCAGUAUGAUUGAAAUUGAGAGGAUUCCAGAUCAGAGAGCAGUGAAGGUUAACUUCUUAAAGCCACCCCCUUCUUUUAAUUUUGAUGAAUUUUUCAACAAGUGUAUGACCUUCAUGGAUUAUUACCCUUCUGGUAAUCACAAAAACCUCCUGAGGCUUGCGUGCAUGCUGGAGUCUGAUCCAGAGCUGGAGUUGUCCCUACAGAAGUAUGUGAUGGAAAGCAUUUUGAAGCAGAUUGACGACAAACAGCUUCGGGGUUAUCUGUCUGAGCUUCGCCCAGUGACGAUUGUGUUUGUGAACCUGAUGUUUCAAGACCAGAACAAAGCAGAGGUCAUAGGCUCGGCCAUCCAGGAUGCCUGUGUGCACAUCAGUUCUGUCCUGAAGGUCUUCAGAGGCCAGAUCAAUAAAGUCUUCAUGUUCGACAAGGGCUGCUCUUUCCUCUGUGUCUUCGGCUUCCCUGGGGAAAAGGCACCUGAUGAGGUCACUCACGCUUUGGAAAGUGCUGUGGAUAUAUUUGACUUCUGCUCUCAGGUCCACAAAAUCCAUACUGUCUCCAUCGGUGUUGCCAGCGGGAUUGUCUUCUGUGGAAUUGUCGGACACACUGUGAGACACGAGUACACAGUCAUUGGUCAAAAAGUCAACAUAGCUGCCAGGAUGAUGAUGUACUACCCGGGAAUCGUGACCUGUGACUCUGUCACCUACAAUGGCAGCAACCUGCCUCCCUACUUUUUUAAAGAGCUCCCAAAGAAACUUAUGAAAGGUGUUGGCGAUUCUGGACCAGUCUAUCAGUGUUUGGGACUUAAUGAGAAAGUCAUGUUUGGGAUGGCAUACCUUACCUGCAACAGAAAUGAGGGCUACCCUUUGCUGGGUCGUGAUAAGGAGAUCAAAUACUUCAUGUGUACUAUGAAGGAAUUUUUAAUGUCCAACUGCAGCCGAGUCCUAAUGUAUGAAGGAUUAUCCGGAUUUGGAAAAAGCCGGAUACUUAUGGAAAUUGAGUACCUGGCCCAAGGUGAGAACCACAGGACUAUUGCUAUUGCACUGACUAAGAUCAGCUUCCAUCAGAAUUUUUAUACUAUCCAGAUACUCAUGGCCAAUGUCCUGGGGCUCGAUACUUGUAAGCAUUAUAAAGAACGACAGACCAACCUCCAAAAUAAAGUCAAGACCCUGUUGGAUGAAAAGUUCCACUGUCUUCUUAAUGACAUUUUCCAUGUCCAGUUCCCUAUUUCACGGGAGAUUUCCAAGAUGAGCACCUUGAGAAAGCAAAAGCAACUGGAAGCUUUAUUUAUGAAGAUCUUGGAGCAAACAGUGAAAGAGGAAAGGAUCAUUUUCAUCAUUGAUGAGGCCCAGUUUGUGGAUUACGCCUCCUGGAUCUUUAUGGAGAAGCUUAUCCGAACUGUUCCCAUCUUUAUCAUCAUGUCUCUGUCUCCCUUCAUUGAAAUUCCUUGUACAGCGGCCAGUGCCAUAAUGAAGAACAGGAACACCACCUACGUCACCCUCGGAGCAGUACAGCCCAAGGACAUCCGCAACAAGGUCUGUCUUGACCUCAAUGUGAGCAGCAUCCCCAAAGAACUGGACUUGUACUUGGUGGAAGGGAGCUGUGGGAUCCCAUUUUACUGCGAAGAAUUGGUGAAGAACCUCGACCACCACAGGGUGCUUGUUUUCCAGCAGAUGGAGAGUGAGGAAAAGGCCAAAGUGACCUGGGAUAACCUGUUCAAGAAUUUCAUUAAGCCAACAGAGGAAUUUAAAAUGUUUGGUCUCGGUAAUGAAGAAGGAACUGAAGAAAUCUGUAAACUCGCAAGUGGUGUCAGACUGAAAAACCUGUCACCCCCGGCAUCCUUAAAAGAAAUCUCUCUGGUCCAGCUGGAUAGCAUGAGCCUUUCCCACCAAAUGUUGGUGAGAUGCGCGGCCAUCAUUGGCCUGACCUUUACUACAGAAUUGUUGUUUGAGAUUCUCCCUUGUUGGAACAUGAAGAUGAUGAUCAAGGCCCUGGCGACUCUAGUGGAAUCCAACAUUUUUGAUUGCUUCCGGGAUGGCAAGGAUCUCCGACUGGCUCUGAAACACAACGCAGCCUCCUUCGAGGUGCAUAAUCGCUCCUUAUCUCUGCAGCCCACUGAAGGGAUGGCUCACGGGGAAGAGGAGGAGCUUCGUGAACUGGAAAGCGAGGUGAUUGAGUGCCACAUCAUUCGGUUCUGCAAGCCUAUGAUGCAGAAAACAGCCUAUGAGCUGUGGCUCAAGGACCAGAAGAAAGCCAUGCAUUUGAAAUGUGCCCGCUUCCUAGAGGAAAACGCCCACAGGUGCGACCACUGCCGAAGUGGGGACUUCAUUCCCUAUCACCACUUCACAGUAGACAUUCGGCUCAACACCCUGGACAUGGACACCAUUAAGAAGAUGGCUACGUCCCAUGGAUUUGAAACUGAAGAAGAGAUCAAGAUUUCCAGAGCCGGGAUCCCUAAGAACUCUGAAUUAUUUUCCGAAAACCUCAGCCCUGAAGAAAUAGGGGAGAGGAUCUUGGGGUUCUUUGACGUCAUCCUAACGAAAAUGAAGACGUCGAAGGAAGACAUCAUCCCUCUGGAAUCCUGCCAGUGUGAGGAGAUCCUAGAGAUUGUCAUCUUGCCUCUGGCCCAGCAUUUCCUGGCUUUGGGAGAAAACAACAAGGCCUUGUAUUACUUCCUAGAAAUCACAUCUGCGUAUCUCACCCUGGAUGACAAUUACAUGGCAUACAUGUAUUUGAAUGAGGGAGAGAGGCUGCUGAAAACCCUCAAGAAGGAAAAAUCCUGGAGUCAGACUUUUGAGUCUGCCACCUUUUAUAGCCUCAAAGGCCAGGUCUGCUUCAACAUGGGCCAGAUGGUGCUUGCCAAGAAGAUGCUGAGGAAGGCGCUGAAGCUUCUCAACCGAAUCUUCCCUUACAACCUGAUCUCCCUGUUUCUCCACACCCACAUGGAGAAAAACAGACACUUUCAUUAUGUGACUCAGCAGGCCCAAGAGAGCUCACCUCCGGGGAAGAAGAGGCUGGCCCAGCUCUACCAGCAGACCGCCUGCUUCUCCUUGCUGUGGCAGAUCUACAGCCUGAACUAUUUUUUCCACCACAAGUACUACGGCCACCUGGCAGCUAUGAUGGAGCUGAACACCGCACUGGAAACCCAAAACGACUUCCAGAUCAUUAAGGCUUACCUGGACUACGCCAUGUACCACCACCUGGCUGGCUACCAGGGCGUGUGGUUCAAAUAUGAAGUCAAGGCCAUGGAGCAGAUCUUCAACCUCCCCCUGAAAGGCGAGGGCAUUGAAAUCGUGGCAUACGUGGCUGGUAAACUGAGUUACAUCAAGUUAAUGACGGGCUACCUGGACUUGGCCAUUGAGUUAGGCGCUCGAGCCCACAAGAUGUGGGCAUUGCUCCAGAAUCCCAACCAACACUAUGUGGUCCUCUGCAGACUUAGUAAAUCUCUCUUCUUGAAAAACAGAUACAAGCAUCUGAUCCAGAUGCUGGGGAGGCUGUGGGAUCUUUCUGUAGCAGAAGGCCACAUCAUCAGCAAGGCAUUUUUCUAUUUAGUCUGCUUGGACAUCAUGCUUUAUUCCGGCUUCGUUUAUAGAACAUUUGAAGAAUGUCUGGAAUUCAUUAUCCAAAAUGAAGACAACAGAAUCCUCAAGUUCCAAAGUGGACUCCUCCUGGGACUUUACUCGAGUAUAGCUAUCUGGUAUGGCAGACUUCAGGAAUGGGACAACUUCUAUGUAUUCUCUAACAGAGCUAAAACUCUAGUGUCAAGAAGAACCCCAACGAUUCUGUACUAUGACGGCAUAUCUAGGUACAUGGAGGGCCAAGUUCUCCAACUUCAAAAGCAAAUAGAAGAACAAUCUGAGACUGCCCAGGACAGUGGAGUUGAGCUACUCAAGAGCCUGGAGAGUCUGGUGGCUCAAAAUACUACUGGCCCUGUCUUCUACCCAAGGCUCUACCACCUGAUGGCCUACAUCUGUAUACUCAUGGGAGAUGGGCAGAACUGUGACCUCUUCCUGAACACAGCCUUGAAGCUCUCUGAAAUACAGGGGAACGCGCUGGAGAAAUGCUGGCUGAACAUGAGCAAGGAAUGGUGGUACUCAAACUGUACGCUAAUGGAAGACCAGUGGCUGCAUACGAUCCUGAGUCUCCCGGCGUGGGAAAAAAUUGUAUCCGGCAAAGUGAACAUCCACGACGUUCAGAAAAACAAAUUUCUCAUGCGAGUUAACAUCCUGGACAACCCCUUCUAACGUGCUGGGGGUGGGGAGGGAGAACAAAGAUGUUAACGAGAUCCAGAGAUCCACACCCUUGCAAUGUUCUGUUUUUGAUCCUUCUCUGUAGCCAGCACCCUCAGGGUUCUUUUUUUCCACACUCUCUUCUCUUGCAGUCACGGAGCCGGGGAAGUUGGCUGCUUCUUCCUUGGAGAGACAGAGAGGGUGGCCAGUGUCAUGCUUUGCUUCCUCUAACAUUGCCUUCCCUUUCUGUCUUUUGUUUAAAGCCCUGACCUGUGUAUUUUAGCCCAUGCAAAACUGUACCACAUAGGAAGACGGUACAACACCUUGUGUUGCAACAGACCCGUGUCUGGUUAAUGUAUUA